GCUUCCUCCUUCGUACCUACACAGCUCACAGAUCACCAGAACACUGCCGUAUUGAGAUAACUGCUCGUUCUUUCAGGCUGUGACAAUGCAAGAUACUUUCCUGCGAGUGUUCGUAGUGGCUCUGGGUCUCCUAAUGAGUCCAAAAAAUGACCCUGGGCUUGAGGAAUGGGAUACUAUCACAACAGGAGAGAUGCAAACACAUGAGGAGAGGCUACUCAGAGAAGGAGAGAAACUGGACCAGGAAAUGGCUUCUGGAAGUCAGACAGAGAUGCACACUGAUGAUAAAGGAACAGAAAAUGCUGCAAAAAAUGUGUAUGAUGAGCUAAAUGACGCUCAAAUAAAAGAAUCAGACCAACAUGUUACUGAAAAUGAUGCUGCACCACUCUUAGAAGUCAAUGUUGGUAAUGAUCACAAAUUACUAGAUGAACAUUUGAUAGAUGACGUGGAUCUGCCACAUAAAUCCAAAAUGUACCCUGAGACUUCACAGAUAGACCAUGAUGAUGAUCAAAUGGUAAACAGGAAUUUGCAGCUGGACACGCUCCGGAAUCAGAGAGAAGACAUUCAAAGUGAUGGUCACUUAAGAGACCUGGGCACAUCCCAGUGGCAACAAGAAAGUACAGAGGCAAAAGAAGUGCCUCACCAGCGCACCAAGACGUCAGAAAACCAAACUUCAAAAAAGGCUCUUGUUGAGGAGGAGGAGAAAGAUUACCUCUGGUACAUAUGGAACACGUUAUCUGUUGUCUCACUAAUCCGCUUUUUUUGGAAAUACAUGGGGAAAAACUCCCAAAUGAGACACAAUAAAGGGAGUCCUUUGUUGGUGACUUACAGCGCUGAUGACGUGUCUCUACCAGACAGCAACACUCUGCAGCGUUUUCAUUCUAAAUGUGUUCAAGUCACAUCCACUAAGAAGGAGAUAGAGGCCGAGUUUUUGGAUGGAUUUACAAAUGACCUACUGGAAGCCAUGAGAACAAUAUGUGAGAAAAAUUGUGAUAUGACGAUUGAGGAUGUUCAGAUUGUAGAUGCUUAUAAUAUCUGUGUUCCUUUGAGCCCACCAGAGCCGUACUCUUUCAAGUGUCUUCCUUGGAACAGCCAGAUAUGUGACAUACUGCUCAAUAUGCAAAUUUGUGGUCAAAUAAAACUGGUGGAAAAUAAAACAACCCAAAUUAGCUGCCACUGUCAGACUGCUGGUGCAGAGGAUAUGGUUUGCCUGCUUCACUGUGACAGUCAAAAGAUAGAGACAGAAAUAACAGAUGCGUACGAUGGACUGCUUUGCCAAAAGAACUCCCCUUUCCUCUCAAAGUUACAGGUUUCCAGGUGGUUUCAGAGCACCAUAAUACAAGCAUGGUCACUCAUCUCACAUAAGUAUGAGUUUGAGCUUGACAUUUGUAAAACUGAUGCUGCAGGGUCUCUGGUAGUUCGAUUCAGAUCUGGGAAGAAAAUACAUUUCUGUAUGAAUCCUGUGGUUACAUUCAACACAGAUGCUCAUUACUUUAUUACACCGUAUUCUCCUGUCAAACUGGAUACUUUCUGGACACUUUCCCUGAUCUCAUAUGAAGAUUGUUUCUUAGAGCACAUUUCUCAACGCCUACCUGACAACUCGUGCCACAUUCAGGUUCUAGAAAUUGCACAUUUCCUUCACAAGAGACAGACAGUGCUAUCAGGAAGUAGCACGCUGAAGGAUUUUCAUUUCAAAAUUGCGCUAAUGCAUCUUCUUUUGACCAAAGACCCCUCUGUGUGGAAAGCUCACUUUGUAGCUUAUAGGCUACAGGAUUUGCUGGCCUUCAUGGGACAUAGCCUUGAGACAAAGCAGCUGUACCAUGUUUUGAUAGGAAACCCUUUAACACAAGGUAUCAUUCAACUCCCAGCUGAAUUUGUUCAGGGUAAGCCAGUGAAUCUCUUCCAUCCCCUUGUGGCACACAAGUGUAUCUACAGAAACGCUCUAAUGCAUUUCCAGGAGAUGCUUAGAAAUGCCAAUAUGCUGAUACAUGAUUAUGUUCAAUGAACUGACCGUGCCAGAGUUUCCAUUAGAGAAAAUGUAAUAAAUUCAAGUUUUUAAUCUUAAGAAAGUGACUUUACUCCAAGAUCAAUUACGCAAUAAGUCAAGGAUAAAGUUAAGAACCAAGCCAUUUUACUUCAGUUUACAUUUCAUUUAAUAUUCAUCUUCCCAGUAGUUCUCAAAGUUUGUGGGGUCUUCCCCAACGGUGUCCUGGCCACUGGAUAUUUCAGUGUCCAAGGGUCUUACUUUUCCAUCCUUAAAGUCAACUUUCCAAGUAUACAUGCUGGUGUCUGUAUUCUUGGAAGCUGUAAAUAGGAUACAAAAAAAAAAGACAGAAAAAAACAUCAAUAACCAUGACACUAAUAUCAAGUCAUCUUUCAACUUUCUACAGUUUUCCCUUUUCCCUUAAUGGAAAAGCUGUAAAAAAAAAAAAAAAAAAAAAGAAACAUUUUACCCCUAAUCUGUGCUGAGCAG